ACAACUUUUUCUGUUUCAGCAAUAUGUUGACACAAUCGGAGACAAAGGAGCUCUUCAGAAGAGCAGAUGCUGUUUGUUUUGAUGUGGAUAGCACUGUUAUCAAAGAAGAAGGCAUUGAUGAACUGGCCAAAUUCUGUGGAGUCGGGGACGCAGUCACAGAGAUGACUCGCAAGGCAAUGGGUGGAUCAAUGACGUUUAAAACCGCCUUGAAAGAGCGCCUUUCCAUCAUUAGAUGUUCAAGGGAACAAGUUAAUAAGUUGAUAACAGACCACCCUCCUCAGCUGACUCCAGGUAUCAGGGAACUAGUGGAGCGCUUACAUCAGCGAAACAUUAAAGUCUUUCUUAUAUCAGGAGGCUUCCGUUGCAUUGUUGAGCAUGUUGCUACUCAACUCAAUAUUCCUUUGCACCAUGUUUAUGCAAACCGACUCAAGUUCUACUUUAAUGGUGAAUAUGCUGGAUUCGAUGAAAGUCAGCCAACAGCUGAAAGUGGUGGAAAGGGAAAAGUCAUCAGCAUGCUGAAAGAGCAGCAUGGCUUCAAGACUGUUGUUAUGAUUGGAGACGGAGCUACGGACCUUGAGGCGUGCCCUCCCGCUAAUGCCUUUGUAGGAUUUGGUGGCAACGUAGUUAGACAACAAGUUAAAGAGAAGAGUUCAUGGUACAUUACAAGUUUUGAAGAGCUGCUAAAGGAACUGGAUAAGAUUUAAGGAGGCUGGCCUCUUUUACUCAUUUUACCAGUAUACUUUUAUAUUUGCACAACUGAUGUGCUUUUUAUCUUAACCUGACCAGUUUUUAGUUAGUAUAUCAAUAGUAUAUUUUAUUAUUCCAAACGUUUACAGAUUUAAAUGUUUUUUUUCUUGAUUAUACACUUAAAAACUUAAACCUGGCUAUUUAGAGCAUUUGAUUAAGUGUUUUAUGGUGCAAAAUCACAAUGAAAAGCAUAUUUGCUUAUUGUGGAAUGUGCAAUAAGAUGUAAGGUUUUCAAUUUAAGAUUGAACAAUGUGACCUAUGUCUCGUCAUUUGGCAAGGAUAUAAAAAAAAUCUGUGUAAACAAAGCAAUUUUUAAAAUACAUUUUAAUCAUCU